CGGAAGUGUGUUUCGGCUGAUCCCUCACUGUCAUUCGGCCACGGUCGGCUUCAGUAGAGGGGGGCAGCCAAAGAGCGCAUACACACUCAUACAAGGCAGCAGGCAGAUUAACAAAAAAAAUAUUGAAGCAAAAAAAUGAUAACGACCGAAUAAGACUCGUGACACAUCCGCAGCGGAGUGCAUUUGACGCGUUGCCACGAAGCCCGGCUCGGAUGUCACGGUCCACAGUGCAGGCAGAGCGGUGUCAUUGAGCAGGCAGGACACGUCAAGAGAAGGGAGGAAGAGAAAAAAAAAAGCUGACCGACAGCCCUCAGCUUUUUAAAUCGCCCCCUGCCUGCAUCGAAGACAUCCUUCCAGGGACGACACCUUGCUGUCAAGUCGACGGAAGGUUCUCGACAAAGAGGUCGGAGGUGGUGAUCAGAAGGACCAAACGAUCACGGGAUACUAUUUGUGUGUGGGGGGAGCAAACAAAUGGGGGAUUACGGCUUUGGAGUCCUAGUUCAAAACAACACUGGCAACAAGUCCGCAUUCCCGGUCCGAAUCCACCCGCAUCUGCAGCCCCCACACCACCACCAGAAUGUGUCGCAGAGCCCCGCUGCGUUCAUAAACAGCACCACAGCCGUGGGAAAUGGCACCACGGCGGGCUCUCCCUGGCUCUUCCCUGCCUCUGCCACCCACAGCAGCGUGCAGGAUGAAAUACUGGGGGGGCCCGACAAGCCCAAAGCGCAGCAGCAAGAAUUGCAAGAAACGCAAGAAAAGCAGCUGUCCCCCGGGAGUCACCAGGACGGCGGCGGAGGAGGCGGCGGCCUCAUCAUCUCAGAACUGGAGAAGGGCCGGUCGGAGGAAGGCAAGACGGACAACGGUGUGCCUGAUGUCGGGAAAGACAAGCAGAUCCGUCUGGAGUCUCCUGUGCUGACAGGCUUUGACUACCAGGAGACAUCUGGUCUAGGGGGCCCGGUCCAAUCCAGUACCACCUCAUCGUCGCUCACCGGCUUCAACAACUGGUCAGCGGCCAUCCCGCCGGCGCCGUCGACCAUCAUCAACGAGGACGUCAGCUUCUUCAACCCAGCCUCCGCCAACAAUGGGCCGCUGCUGUUCCAGAAUUUCUCGCACCACGUCAGCCCCGGGUUCGGCGGUAACUUUUCCCCUCAAAUAGGACCAGGCGCCGCCCUCUCGCAGCACCACCCGGCACCCCCGCCGCACCCCCACUUCCAGCACCCUCACAACCAACACCAGCAGCACCGGCGCUCGCCCGCCUCGCCGCACCCUCCUCCGCCCUUCCCGCACAGGAAUCCGGCGGCCUUCAACCAGUUGCCGCAUUUGUCCAACAGCCUGAGCAAGCCCCCCUCGCCUUGGGGGCCGGCCAGCUACCAGAGCCCCUCGCCUUCCCCGGGGUCCUCUACCUCCUGGAGUCCUGGAGGUGGGUACGGAAGCGGCAGCGGCGGCUGGGGAGGAUCUCAGGGCCGAGAUUAUCGCAGAGGCCUCAAUGGCGGUAUGACCCCUAUCAACUCUAUCUCUCCGCUGAAGAAGACCUUCCUGAACAACCACGUUGCGUCCCAGAAGUACCCUCGCAACAACCCCGGGGGUUUCAAUCCCAAGUCCUGGAUGGAUGAUGGAGUCGGACGCAGUGAUAACAUCUUCCCUUUCCAGGAACGCACCAGAUCGUUUGACAGCUUCAACAUGAACACUCUGGAGAGCUCCUUGAUCGACAUCAUGAGGGCUGAGCAGGACAACCUGAAAGGUCGUCUGGGGUUCCCCCAUCCUGGCGGGGACAACCCACUGCCCCUCAAUGCCAGGAGUUAUAGCAGAAGAAGAGGUCAUUCUUCCCUCUUCCCAAUGGAGGAUGGCUUCCCUGAUGACGAGCGCGGUGAUCAGGGUCUUGCAGGCCUCGGCUCUCCACAUUGCUUCCCACACCAGAAUGGAGAGCGUGUAGAACGUUACUCACGCAAGGUCUUCGUGGGAGGAUUGCCCCCAGAUAUAGACGAAGAUGAGAUAACUGCCAGUUUCCGUCGCUUUGGACACUUGUUUGUGGACUGGCCACACAAAGCUGAGAGCAAGUCUUAUUUCCCCCCAAAAGGGUACGCCUUCCUGCUCUUCCAGGACGAGAGCUCUGUGCAGGCUUUGAUUGACGCCUGCAUUGAGGAGGACGGCAAGCUGUACCUGUGCGUGUCCAGUCCCACCAUUAAAGACAAGCCGGUCCAAAUCCGCCCGUGGAACCUAAACGACAGUGAUUUUGUAAUGGAUGGCUCUCAACCUCUGGACCCAAGGAAAACUAUUUUUGUUGGAGGGGUCCCUCGCCCGCUACGUGCAGUGGAACUGGCCAUGAUCAUGGACCGUCUGUACGGUGGUGUGUGCUAUGCCGGCAUCGACACAGACCCCGAACUGAAGUACCCGAAAGGAGCAGGGCGGGUCGCCUUCUCUAAUCAGCAGAGCUACAUUGCUGCUAUCAGUGCUCGCUUUGUGCAGCUGCAGCACGGAGAAAUCGAUAAACGGGUGGAAGUGAAGCCAUACGUGCUGGAUGACCAGCUGUGCGACGAGUGCCAGGGGACUCGCUGCGGCGGCAAGUUUGCGCCGUUCUUCUGCGCCAACGUCACCUGCUUGCAGUACUAUUGUGAGUACUGCUGGGCGGCCAUCCACUCACGCGCCGGCCGGGAGUUCCACAAGCCGCUGGUGAAGGAGGGAGGCGACCGGCCCCGUCACAUCUCGUUCCGCUGGAACUGAGUGCCGCCCACGUCACCACGGCGGCCGGAGUGAAGCGUGAGGGCAAGGUAGUGCAGGAGUCGCAAAUCAUUUUAACAACUAAAUGCACUUUUCUGUUGCUGGUUCCUUUUUGCCCAACAAUUUUUGUUAAGUUAAUAUUUAUAUGUUCAAGAGAGAAAACAGGAAUAUAUCAAAAGUAUGUCCAGCAAGGAAGAAAAAAAAUGUUUAACUUUUUUUUUUUUUUUUUUUUUCAAAUAUUGUUUCCCCCAAAAAAAGCUUGUAUAGGAAAAUUGCUCUGGUACUCUGCUAUUCAAUUGGCAUGCUGUUCUUCAUGCAUUUGUUUUGAUAUGAGAGACACCCCCAUCCCCAAGCAAAUACUCUUUUGACUUUUUGGUUUUGUAGCAAUUCCUGUGAAUUGAAAAAGGUGUUGCCGAAGAAGAGUGCACUUACUUCCAUCAGAGUUUAUAUAGCAGACCCUUAGUUGAUUACCAAAGCUGUUUUAUUAGCUGGCGUCACAGAACUAGAGCGAGGCCACACUUUCUUUCUAUCUCUAUCUCUCUAUCUCUUUCUUUCUAUCUCUAUCUCGCUCUCUCUCUUUCUCUCGUUUUCCAAUCCCAAGAGAAACAAAACAAUCUCAUAAUUUGUGGUUUUCGAUCUCCAAACUUCACAUGCAAAAACUAAUACCUCAAAAAACUCAGCUGCUAACAUUUUACCCGUGUUCUCUCCCUUUUUCGGGGUGGGCGGGGCGGAGCUACGAUGUCACUGGCACACUUUUGUACUUUGCUAGCUUUCGUCGCCUCCUUAUUUAAUUUUUUACUUUUAAUUUUUUGUAACCGUAACACGGUGCCAGUGCAAGCAGGAGUGCAUUAUGGGAAUGUAUCGCAAUGGGAAGCUACACACAGGAGAUUGCCCCACCCCCCUCUCCCCGCAUUAAUCCCCCUUCCUCCUUUAACUUGUCGCUAAGCAGGGCCUUGUUAGAUCGAACCAGUCACGUCCUUUCACACUGGAUACAAAUUUAAAAAAAAGACAAAAAUGGCUGGUGGUGUAGCCAUUUUUGCCGAUUUUACAAGGCUACCACCAAAUUCAAAAAAUAAAUGUAUGUUAAUUUUACCCAAGUUAGAAACCAUAUGUCUCAUGUGUGGCAGGGGUGAGGAACUAUACUAAGCAAAUCAUUUUGUCUUUAGAAUUGCACGGUGGGCCGGUUGAGAUGUUUUCAAGUACCGUUUAUGACCCACGGCCCCACAGGUUGCUCACCUCUGCCCUUUUGGGGAUCAUUCUACUCAGCAUUUAGGUCUUUUAUUGGAAGCAUAAAUGAAAACUUCUACUACACCAGGUUGAGGAACCAAAGAUGGCGGUGCAGUAGUAGCUCAUUUCCUGGUUGAAUUUUUCAUCUGAAAAAUUAACCACUCCACUCUAUCCCGCCAUCAAAACCAAAGAUUGGCCUUAAAAUACAAAACUGUGCAGUCAUAAAAAUCUCAUGAAAAACCAUAUAUGGACUUCCUCCUGUUGCUAUCUCCAACAAGACAAAAUAUAAAAGUGCACAUUCACAGUUUUUCUUCAUAGGGCACAUUCACACUAGUCAACAAUUGUCUAGUGUGAGCGCCGUUAUUUGCUGAUUUCAUGCGUUCACUCCUCCCACCAGUUAUUCUGAAUAACCUUGCACAGUAGACAUAAUAAAAACUGCAGUAAAUGUGUGAUGGCUCAAGCCUGAUGUGUGAGUGCGCCCUAAAAAAGACAUUUCCAACACUUUUGCGAAGAAUUUGUUGUUCAAAAAUGAAAUUAUUUUAUACACGGCCUGCUGAUUUUUUUAAAGUGUUUUCUAGCUAAAUUAUUUUGUCAUGCACAUAUAAAAAAAACAUUUAUUAUGCACUACUUUUCUACAUUUUUUCUCUUUUUUUUUCAUUUUUCCAACAGUCAUUUUAGGCACAUUUUUCACAAAUGGGGAAACUCCUUUUUGCAAUACCUCAAUUUUUCACAUUGUGAAAGGUAGCUUUUGUACUUUUGUUACUGAGAGAUCUGCAUAUAUGGAAAUGUUCAUUUUAGAGAAGAUUAAAAAAAAAAGUAAUAGAGCUGAGUAAUUUCAAAAUAUAUAUUAUUUUCAAUUAUGCUUUUUAUACAUUUUAGUGCUGAGGACUCUUUAACAACCUUCACAAAAUGUGUUGAUGCGACUACUUCACAGAGGAAAGACCAAAGUGUAUCCGCUCUUUUGGUCUUUUAGCUUUUCCUACACUUGAUGUUUCCACUCAAUUAUAAUAAUAGCAUGGCGAGAAAUAACAGAACAAAAAAGGACAAAAAAAAAAGUGGUGAUCUUAAAAACUGAUGUGACUAAACUAAAAACUUCAAAACAUUUGACACUUAAUGCUGAAUCUCGUAUCACACGAAUGGAUGUUUGGUGUUUAGAUAUUUUAAAUAUUUGAUGAAAAAAGCGUAUAUAAAUAUAUCCAUAUAUAUAUAUAUUCUUGAACUUGCCAACUAGCACCUAUUGUAAUCCUUUGCAUGCAUGGCGACAAAAAAAGAGAGAAAAUGAAUUAGCUAUUAAAUUAACUGUUGUGGUGUGCACCAAAUGUUUCAAGUAUUGUUAAGGAUAAAUAAACCCCCCGUGACCCUGUAACCCCCUCUUUUCUCGCUCUCACCAUUGGCAGAUAGCAGCGGGAUGCACAUAACAGAAGCUAUUAGCUUGAAAGUUGUUUUUUUUUUUUUGGCAGUGCAGCAUCCACGUAGAACACUGUUGAAAAAAGCAAAAAAAAAAAAAAAAACAGCUAAUAAAAAGACUUGAGAACUUUUACACAGACCUACACGGAGGAAGGGGAGCUUAAAAACUUGAAUGUGGUAGAUGAAAAGAAAAAAAAACACAAUGUUGCAAGUUAACUUUCAAGUUGUUAUGUGCAAUACUUCUUUUGAACCUUUUUCCAGAAAGACUCUUUGCAAUGUAAUUCUUUAAGAAAAAAAUGCCAUUUUUAAUUACAGACAUUUAAUUAAAGAAGAUGUUAAUAUGUUUUUUCACAAGUCAUUUUCUACUGUUUAAUGUAAUCCUUUUCAUGCUGGUGUUUGUAAAAAAAAAAAAAAAGAAAUCCAACUAUUUGUACUAAUAUAAAUAAUUGAAGUUAUUUUUAAAACAUUUAAAAAGGUUUUUGUGCUCAUUUUGCUUAUAUAUAUUUUUUUGGUUUAUUUGAAGCUACUGUGAUUGAUUGCAUUGUAAUUAUUAGGUCAACAAUGUAUUUAGCUGUUUAUUGGUAUAUUUUUAAUUGGAAUGUAUAAUUGAUUUUUAUAAUUUUGAUCAGAUUUUUUUGUUCUAUUUUUGAGGUGAAGCUUUUAAUAUGUUAAAGUGUCUAGUUUUUACUAAUUGCUAUAUUGUGCUCCACAACAUAUGGUUCACAUUUUCUGAAGGAAAAUAAAUAUUUAAAUAUUUGUCUGUUAAUGUUACUUAAUGGCAAGAUUUCAAUAGUUUUUAACUGUGUACGGGGAAGGCUGUCGUAUUUAUUAAUAGCAUUUUUUUACUUCAGAUAUCACCUUAAUUUUUAUUGUCAUUUCACUUUAUAAGUUCCUAUUUUUGUAUUUUCCUUUCUAAUUAAGUUAUGUAAUACGGAUAUGUCCAUAUUUCUAGGAGUUGGUCUGUAGAAGUGCUAGUGAAAACGAAAAGAGAAAAAUCUAAUGUUAUUUAAUUGUUUGCGGCCAACUAUUUAUAUAACUGUAUGCAUAAUUUUUAAAUAUUUGUAAUGUGAAAUGUUGAAUGAAAUAAAUCUUAACUGUGAUGAAAA